CACAAAACACAUUUUUACCGGAUAAUGGCAUAGAGAAAGGGUAUAACCGGAUGAAUUAGGAUGUAAAUGUUAGUUUCUUCAUUAUGUCAAAAUCAUUGUCACUUACCUAAUUUGUCUUCUAAAUAUGGCUAGUUGGCAAAUAAACCCUAAAUUUUUCUCCUUUGUAAAAAUGUGUUGGAGUAGGUGUAUAUACUUGUAGUUGUAUACUCUCAUAUUUUGAAAACAUUUUGUCUUGACAUUAAAAAAGACCUCUUUAGACAACUCAACGCCUAGCAAAUGUUUACAACCACGAGACUUAAGCAAUCCAAAGGCACAUGACUGUCUAAGAUUCCUCUAAACACUAGCAACAACCAAACUUUCAAGCAUUCAAGUCCUAACACAACAACUGUUAAGGCAACAUUACGCCAAGACAACCUGGAUAAUUGUGAUACUAAAAUAGCUUGACAAUUAGCUUAGUCUUAAAACAUAGUAUCUUUUUGAUAUGAUCCUGAUCCAACUAGAAAACAAUACGACCAUGGUCAAAAGUUCAGAUGACGAAUGAAGACAAACCAGAAAACAAAACAAGCAUGGACAAGUUCGGGUGGUCAAAGGUUCAGAAAAAUGAAAUCAAUGUUCAAGAUGAUAUGAACCUAGAAGACACAAGGGCAUCAGAACGUGGAAAUGAGCUUGAACAAGAGGAGCGGCUUGAACCAGAGGAUGAGCUUGUAUCUGAGGAUGCUCUUAUCCCAUCAGUUGGUCCAGUGACUCGAGCAAGAGCUAAGAGGUUUAGCCAAGCAAUAGGAAGAAUGCUCAAAGAAAUAGUGAUACAAACUAAUCCAGACGGCAAGUAUGAAGGUAAAGCUUGUCAAACCACUUUGGUUUUGAUUCAACCUUACUGAUUGCAAUAAAUGGGUUUUCCUUAUCAAGUUUUGUCAUUAUCAAGUUUUGUUCCACUGGGUUUUCUUGAAAAGGUUUCACUUCAUCAUAGCCCAUUUGUUGAAUCUAGAAGCCCAAGGCAUGUCUUCUUCAAUCAUCAACCACGUCCAAAGGAAGAAAAGAUUUAGAUAAAAUUUUAUAAGGUUUCUUUGUUUAAGGGAUGGAUUAUCAAUUUUAUAAUUGGGGAUAACAAUUGUUCAUUGUAACUGAGAAAAGUUAUGAUCUUAGAUUUAAAAAUUUACAAGAUUGAGUUUCUUCACUUAAUUAAUCUGUCACUUUGUGUGCAAAUUAGUUGUUGUCUGAUUGAAAUCAAUUAUUUCUUUGUAAACUUUUACAUCUGAAUGAAUACCUUUGAUUCAUGAGCGAUAAUUUGAUCUAAAGGUCAUUACUUUGUUAAUGUUUAUGAAUGAUUAUUUUGUUGAUGUUUAUGAGUUAGCCGUCUACAAUGAUUGAAUUUUUCUUUUGUCAGUUUUGAUCUGAAGUUUCUUUGAUUUGAAUGAGAGAAUUCAGAGGCCAUCCUUUUCUCUGGUUUACCUUUGUUAGUAUGUUGGGAUCGAGAGAUUCUUGUUGUUCAACCCAAAUUGGCAACUUUUUCUCGUAAAAAAUUAAACUAGGAUCAAAGUCGGUUCAUUCUCAUAAAAAUCUAGUUUGAAAAUUGUCUCUAUCUUUUCUAUUUUCAUGAUUUUCUUGUUAUUAUUAUACGAUUUCCUGCAAACUAGUGUUAGAGUCGUUUCAAAAAUAAGGCGCAAAUGGGCAAGUUGAAUAGAAAGAAAAUAGUCAAAUCAAAUGCAACUGAAAUGAAUAGUUUGAAAUUUGACUAAUAGUCUAAUACUAUUGUGUGUGUUCAAAAAAAAAAAAAAGUCUAAUACUAUUGUGUAUUUUACACGAUUUACAAGAAAAGACAAUGUAAAUAGUUUGAUGGACUUUUGUUGCUAAAGAGUAAACUCACAGUCUUCUGAAACUCUAAUUGUUUUCAUCUUCACCGUAGUUGAAUGAUAAUAGAACAGAUUUGAAUGCUCUAUAUUUCCCAACAUUGUUCAAAUGCAUGUUCUCUAAUCUGUUUCCCACACUCACAAAAAAAAAACAGAGAGUUACUUACUUAAUAUUGACAGAAGACAACAUGUGGAAUCAGUGAUAUGAGUUUUGAAGUAAUUUUCUACCUGAAGAAAUUCCAUAUACCAACAAAUGAUUUCAAUACUAGCAACAAUGGUAACAUCCCUUGUCUAUGCAGGAAGGAGAAGUUUAAAUUUAGAACCGUCUGAAUCAACGCAAAUGUCAGCAUGACACUCAAAAUCUGAUACAUGUUCUAAACAUCGGUUACAAUGAAACACGUUUUGAUGUAGUGAAUAUAGUUAUGGUCAAUGCUGUACGUACUAUUCUGGGGAUCAAGACAAUAUUAAGACAAUGUUUUGAGGAUAUAAUAUUUUACUUAAAUUAAAAUUAUAGAAAAUAUGGUUUUGUAAAUGUCAAAAUGAUUACAUCAAAUUAUACUUAAUAUAAAAGUAAGAUACAUUUUAUAUUAUUUUCAUGAGGUUUAAAAACUGUUGUUUUGAUACAAUAAUAUAUUUAAAAUUGAAUAUUUAUGUGAUAUCAAAGUUUCUUAUUACUAAUUUAAGUAUAUAAAAUAUAACUGUAAAGUUAAAUUUAUAUGGUAAAAUCAUAAAAUAUAAUUAGGUAUGAAAGUACUAAAAAAAAAUCGAUGCUGACAAAAAAAAAUCGAUAAAAUAUAUAUAAAAUGUGCAAAAACAAAGAAGCAAAAAACAACAAAAUCAGGACUAUAGACGGCAUCGUUCUGAGGAGAUUUCACUUUGACGAAAAAAGUUCAACUUAAACAACUUUUCAUCUUGUUGACCGAAGAAAUUAUAUAACCAAUGUGGGUGUGGGUGGCUUAGUUAUGCGAACAGCUAACAAAUCCCCUCCCCAAAACGAACAAAAAUUGGAGGCAAUAUGAGACAAAUAGAUGACUCAAGAGAGAAGAAAAAAAAUGGUUAGACUUGUUUCAAAAGAAGCCAAUGACAUCAUUUCACUUUUACUGCAUCUACUUCAUAGACAAGCCACAAAUUCUUAGGCACAUCUUCCUUCUUCAGUUCUUCCUCUGAGUAUCUGUUUAUAUCACAAGAGAAGCAAAAACAGGUUAGUUUAUAGUAAAUAUUAUGCUGAAAAUGAAUCAUCUAAAGACAUAAUAAUCAACUGACAUACCCAAGAGAUGGUGGAAUUAUGAGUCUUCUCUUAUCACCAGCUCACAUCCCUGAGAGAAUUAUAGAGAUUCAUCCAUUUCUUUUUAACAUUUAUAAAUUCAGUUGAAACAACCUUACUGGUUAAAACAUCAUACUAUACCUUCAACACCCUUACUGAGACCUUUUAUGACCUUUUUUCCACCUGCAAACAGAACAUUGUGUGUUUAGGAUGGUUGAAACAACAAUGACAAAUAUCUAAAAUAUUUUUUACCUAAGCGAAAUCUUAAUGGAGCUUCUUCCAAGUUUGAUUCAAACACUUUCCCAGUAUAGAGUGUGCUGACCUGAAACAGCCAAACAGGACUUGAGACAUCAUCAUCCAUAUUUUCAUAUGACUUGGAUGUAAAAGGAAUACUCACCCUUUUUCCUUGAACAGCUACUUUACCAUCUAACUCGCCUUUUUCAAUCUCUUCAAUUGUCACCUCUUUGAAGAAAUCUCUGAUUCCGGUAGUUUAUUAGUACUAGCUUCUUUCUCCAAGUUCCUAUUCAUUAUGAAAAAAAAAAAAAUCUUAUCUGACAAAUCUAUUAAACAAAAGAGAGACAACUCUUUAGCAGAAGCUUGUCUCACUUUUCGAUAGCUUGUUUCUUCCCCCCUGUAGUCUCCUCUCUUUAGCAGAAGCUUACCAGACAUGACAUCUCUGAAUAGUUGGUACCAUUCUGGCUUAUUCCAACUUCGUGACUUGUUAGUUUGAGUUACCCACACCAGCAGCAUGCAUAUCAAGGACACGAAGCACCAUGCAUCAACCUUUCACUCUUUUGCAGCCUUUCAUUCUUCUUGGUAAGGAUGAGGUCGAAUCUGCAUAUUUUGACACUGCCAUCCUUCGAAGACGAAGUAUGGCAGUGUUACUACUUCGACAUCAAGUCUUAUGAGGCAGCCUUUGAAGAACCACCUAACGAUAGCUACCAAGUGUUGUGGAGUCCUAGACUUGGUAGAUUGUUGACGCUAAGUAUUUUUUCCUCGGCUUGAAUUCUAACUCACCCUCUUCUUUUUGUUUUGCAGUUAUUCAUCCCAAUACUAUCGCAUAUCCGGUAGAGUUAUUUCUGAACGCUCUUAGGGUUGUUGCUCUUAGUCAUCAGAAUUGGUCAGGAUUUAAAUAAUUAUGUAUAUUUCAAUUUAUAUAUAUACAUAUGUAAAGUAACAAUAAAAGGUUUUUUUUACCUCUUUUAUUGAACUUUUUUGAUCAUUUUCUUUUUUGUGGGUUUUUUGGUGAAAAAAACUAUUUUACAUUUAUUUGAGAGACUUGCCCUAAUUUUAAUUUAGUUCAAAACUAAUUUUCAGUUACACAUAUUUGUUUACAUGAAUUUUGAUGAGACUUAAAGUGAAUACAUUGCAGGUGGGUUUUAUGUUUGAAAUUAUAGUGAAGUAUUGAUAAAACUUUCCUUACAAAGUUUAAUUCCAUUUGAAAAUUAAUAAAUAGCUUUUCGCCUAUUCUUAGUUUCCAAAACUAACUUUUCUAAAAAAAAUAAUUAAAACAUUUAUUUUAAAGAUAAUAGUAACUUAUAAGGCAACAAACUGCUCAAAAAUCCUAACAAAAAUAAAAAAAAUAAUGGUAGAUAAUUCGCAUUAGGGAAGUGAUUCUAGAUACUAAUAUCGUAUAAAACCAUUAUAAUAAAACAAAUCGAGUAUAUGAAAAUAUUUUGUGGUUGUGGGGGUGGGUCAAUCUAUUUGGAAAAGGAAAAUAAGAUGUUUCGGAUAGAGAUACUUGACAAGUCGGCUCAUCCUUGCUUUAUAUAUAAGUACACUCUCAGUGCUUUCUUUGAAACCAAAAGAUAAAUUAUCAUCAAGCUACCAAGGUACGUUAAGACUUUCAGUGCAUUAAUUCUUGCGCACAUCCAGUUGUUUUUGGCGUAUGCAUUAGUUUGAUUCUGUUGAAACCGUGUUUCUAGGGUUUUGUUGUCAAGCAUCUUCUAACUGAUCCAGAAGGAUUUAAUAUGGCUCAUCCAAGGGACUUAAAGUUCUCUCCGAUUGACCAGAAUUUGGUGGGGUAUUAUCUACGCAACAGAGUGGAUACAGGAAAAGAUGGUUUCAUCACAGAUAUCAAACUUUAUGAAGACGAGCCGUGGCUUCUUCCGCACGUCAAGAAUGAUCAAUUCAAAGAGAACAUGUGGUUUUACUUUGUUCUAAGGACACGUAAUUUGGGGAGCAGGCCCAAACGCACGGUUCCCGGUAGAGGAAGCAGUAACGGCGGAACUUGGACGACAAGUGGCGUAAAGAAGGCGAUCACUGACCGUAACAACCCCAAGGUUGUGAUCGGAUACAAAACAGAACUCGCGUACCACAAGAAAGUCAAGGGAAAGCUUAAAGGAGACACCACUGGUUGGUGUAUGACGGAGUAUUGGCUUGCAAGUGAGAACGAUGCUCAGUUCCAAGAAGUAGUCUUGUGUCAUCUCCGUGACAAUAACAAGAUGGUCGUUGACGAGAGCAAAAACGGAGACAAUGACAUCGCCACAGAGCAGCCUCAACAAGGGAACAGCGAUGACAACAACAAUAGACUCCUUGACUUCACUCAUCAACAGCGGCCACUGAUUCCUCCUUUUGAAGGACAGGGAUUGAGACUUCAAACCAUUAUGGGAUAUUCUGAUAAGGCCACUCAAGAACAACAACAUCCACCGAUUUAUCCUCCUCCUCAACGUCAAGAUUCCGGAAGCAUAAACAACGCACUUGUAAUCAUGGAAGAUGAGUGUGUUAGCCAAGAUGAAAUAUUCAAUCUAGCUGACCUGGAAGCCGGCAUCACUCAUCCACAACAACAACAUCGUCAGAUGAUGGUGGAUCCUUAUGAUGAUAUAUCUUUCUCAAGAUUGGCAAUGCCGAACAACCUGAUUUACCAUCAUGAAGACUCAUGGCAUCAAGAUACCUCUCCAUGGAACAACACCAAUCCUCGUGGACUCAUAUUCAAUUCUCAUGGAUGUGAGAUCCAAGAUCAAACUGUCACCAAGGGAGUCAAUCAAGAUUCAUAUUAUUAGCCGACAUUUUCUUCUGAUGCAACACAAGAGCAAAUAAAGUAGUCAAACAUAGAUAGGAAACAUGUAUAGUUCGUUUGGUUAUGGUUAUGGUUAUUAUCUCUGGAUUUUUUAAUGAGAAUUUAUCUCAUCAUUAAAAGUUUGUAAAUGAUCUUUGUGUUUGAUUAAACCGAUCCAAACUUUUAUUGAAAUCAAAAAUUUCUGGAGCACUCACCAGCUAAUGUAAUACCACCGAUAGGCGAUAACGCUUAUGAAUACUAAAGAAACUCCACGCAUGAGUUUAACAUUGGAAAAACUACGUACAGUUCGUUUGGUCUAAAGUUCGUUUGGUUUAAUUACGCUUAAGUCACUGCAUAGUUCGGUUGCUAUAUUUGGAUUUUAAGUGAGACUUUAUCUUUAUGUGCUUGAUUCUAAAGAAAGCAAGGCCUAAAGAGCUGAAAGAUAAAGCUACGAGGCUGAUUAAUUUAUUUGGUUAAAUUGUUGAGUUUAAUUUCUGAUUAACUUUUAAGAAAACUGUUUCUUAAAAAAAAAUUAUAUUCUUUGUCUUUUCAGAAUUUCAUAGUUUUUGGAAAAUUAAGUUGGCUGAUAUGCAAUUUAAAAAAUCUAUUGAAUAACUGUUUGUUCAUAUAUUGUUAUUGCAUAUUCAUUGUCUUUUCGAUAAUUUUUUAAAAAAAUCUGAUAUUGAAUUGAUAGUUAUAGUUUAUUUCAUAUUCGUUUAAAAAUGCCAAAAGGCUUUCGCUGAGAUACUUACUCGUUUUCAUAAAACCAACGAUACGAAAACUGGAAUCCAGAUAAGAGAAUAUGGAUCGAUGAACCAAAACCAAAAGAUAGGAUCCAACCUAAACGUGGCCAUGAAAGUAGGGAAAUCCAGGAAGAAUCAAUAUUGUUACUUUCCGUAAGGGGUGGAUAGACACAAGGAUAAGAAGGGGAAACAAGAAAGCAAAACGGAGAAGAGGCAAACCCGAAUCCCUGAGAAAACUAACGUAUUUAGACUUUAAUUUUUUUGAAAUCAGGCUCAAAAUUUCCGUAGGAAAGUGCUAAGAAAUAAAGACGCCUUGGUAAUUUUAGAGAACUUAGAAUCUAGGUAUAUAGUCUAGCGAACUAAGUGUUAGACGAUUUUCCCAAUCUCGUUCUAUUGUUCUUUAGCUGUUCAGGCAGAUCUUGUAAACCGAUUUAAUCUCUCGCACAACCGAGAAAGGAUCUCCAUGCAUUCAAGCAUACCGAGAUCGCUUCUCAAAGAAAGGAAAAACUAGAGACAAGAACGUCUUAAUAUUGACUCGUUCCUAGCAGUUUUCUUAAAAAUACUAUUCCAAGUCGCUGACAUGAAACAACCAAAAAUCACUAUCCCAACAUCGUCUUUAAAUCGUCCCAUAUUAUCAAUCAUCCCAAUCCUCAAAAGAAAAAACUUACACAACCCUUCAAAAUAUCGUUUCAUCCAUUUUCAUUAGUAAAAAAGGAGGGAGUAUGUACGUAUACUAUACUCGUAUACUCCAAUACUUCAAAAACCAAAAAUGCCUCGGCAUAAAAAAACGCUUUCGACAUAGCAAACUCUCGCAGCAGUAGGCAGAAUAAUACUUAAUCAAUGCGAUGCCCCCAUCAAAAUCGUCAUAAAAGGCAAACGACAAUCUACAAUUCGUCUAAAUGGAAGCGACGUAUCUAAAUCGUCUCAAAACAUAGUCUCGAGAACUCUACAGCAUCUCUUAUCUUAAUCAUGCGCUUAGAAAACAUGUAACAACAUCGGCUAAUAACACGAUGAUUAGCCAAAGUCUUGAAGACCUUUUUGACUUAAUAAACGAGUUUCGUAAGAGAGUCAAAAAUUAUACGAGGAAUCUUCGAAAAUCAAAGCAUUGCUCCCAGUUUCCGUUGAAGCAAGUGAGUCACAGAAAAGCAUCAUUUGCGAGAAAGAAAAAUCGAGAACACAUGUAGCAGCGAGCACAACAAAGGGAACGCUUUCUCCCCGCUCGUUUACUAGAUCUACCGCUGGUUGACUGAUUUGUUCUGCUCAAGAAACGAAAAUGUUGUGAGAAUUCCUCUCAAAAACCUACGAAAAAGUUCCACGACUAGAUCGUACCAAAAUAAACUUCACUAACACUCCAUGAGUAACUCCAAGCAACUUUCACCAAAGAUCAAAAUCAAAGUGGAAACAUUCCUCCAUAAAACCGGUCACCCAUUACUUUCGUAUAACUAAAACAUUUUAUACAAAACAGUCUAUGGGAAAACAAGAUCAGUAUCAUGCAAAACGACUUCGUAAUAUAGAAGCGCGAAUGAGUCCUCGCUCGCAAACAUCACGAGAAAUCUGCGAGAAACACUCUCCACUUACUUCUAUGAGAAGCCCUUCUUGUAAAACUUACACGCUUCGUAUAGUCAGAUCGUCAUACGAAGCAUCUUUCAAAAAACCCUAAACCCCCCCCCCCCCUCCCUAUUAGAGAUAAGCUCUCAGACAUCUAACACACGGAUAAUUGUGCGCUAUAAAAGAAAUCUAAAAUUUCGGUCAGCACUUUCAAACGACUUCAAAAUUGUCUUUGGAAAUAUGCUCGGUCCUGAUCGAUGCAAGUCACAUAAGCCGAGGACUUUUCGCAGACUACAAUAUUGAGACGAAAUUAGGUCGAAACCGCAAUGGGUGAUUUAAGCGAAAACAGUCAUUACAAACCCUAAACUGAUAGUAAGCCUAGGUCUUGCACCUAAACCCAUCACACUGGUCUUAUACAUCUCAAGGCAUAGUAUCAACCGACUGAUACGAGAUUCCAAAAUAUGUCCUUUUUGCUUUUAUUUGUACAUUUAUAAGACUCUGCAAACUAAAAGCCUUCGAGUGUUCUCAUCUUGCACAAGAACAAGUAUAACGAUCCACUGAGAGUUAGAAAUGAGGUGACAACUCACACUCUCUCUCAUCUCCGCGUAUAGCUACUCUGUACGUUUAAAAAAGGAGAUAAUCCACAACUUCAUAAUUCCAAAACAAACAGCCUACAAGGCUAGUCUCGAGGCCGACAAAUAUCCAAUAAAAAUGCCAUCGGCAACAACAUUCUCGAAAUUUGAAGAUUUAUGAUCCGAAAACAUAAAUAUUAUCAUUAUUAUUAUUAUAUUAUUUAAAUAAUAAUUUAUUAUAUAUAUAGAGAACAAGGGUAUAAUAGUCUUUUGCUACUUAAUGAAGAUGGUAUAUUUAAAAAUGUCCAUUUAGUGUUGGUAAAGAUGAAAAGUGAUACCAUGAAAGUGGUAAACAUGAAAUUUCUCCAAGAAAGAUCUUCUAUCUUUUUAUUAGGAAAGAGAUAUUUGGUUUUUAAUAUUCUAAGAAAAUUAAUUUAACCAAAAAAUAUUUUUAAAAAUAUGAAGCAAAAGUUUAUAAAAUUGGAAUUUAUGUAAAAGAAAAUUUCGUUUCUAAUCAAUUUACUUGUUCAAAAAUCUAUAAAAUUAUUGUAUUUUAAAUAUUAAAGAGAUGCCAUGUUCAUAUAAAAUAUCUUUUUGAUAACAAUGUGAUUAUAAAUGAGUUAAUAAAAAUAGAAAAUAGAAGAUACUACUAGAUAUUGCCUUUUUAUAAGAAAUUCCUUUUUAUAACAAUGUGGUUAGAAGAAGAAUUUAUUAAUAAAAAGAAAUUAUAAAAUCUUAUUAAUGAUAAUUAUAAUAAUAAACUUACUUCAUUAAGGAUAUCAAUGUAAUAAACAACUGUAAGAGUUAACAUAAUUGCGACACAUAAGAAAAUUUAGUUAAAAAAUAUUUUUAGCAUAUGAAGCAAAAGUUUAUAAUGUAAUUUAUAUAAAAUAAAAUUUCGUUUCUAACCAAAUUACAAAUUAAAAAAUCUACAAAAUUAUUGAAUUUUAAAUAUUAAAGAUAUUACCUUUUAUAUAAAAUUCCUUUUUGAUAACAAUGUGGUUACAAAAAUAUUAAUAACAAUAAAAAUAGAAAAUAAUAAUAGAUAUUGCAUUUUUAUAUGAAAUUCCUUUACUUAUAACAAUGUGGUUAGAAGAAGACUUUUUUGAUGAAACGAAAUUCUAAAAUAAAUAAUGGUAAUUAUAAAUAUAAACUUAAUUCAUUAAGAGUAUCAAUGUAAUAAACCACUGUGAGCGUGAACGUGAGUGCACCACAUAAGAAAGUGACUUCUCAAACAAUAAACUUAAUUGAUUAAGGGUAUCAAUAUAAUAAACCAUCGUGAAUGUUAACGUAAGGGCGCCACAUAAGAAAGUGACUUCUCAAAUAAUAUUAUAGAGAUAUAACAUAUAUUUUAUAAAAAAAUUGAUUAUAUUUAGAAAAAAAUGAAAACCUAUUAUUCAACAAUUAGACAAUUUAAAUAGAAAUUUUAUAUAUUUACAGAUUUAAAGUACCUAUAAAGAUGAUACCAAUUAUUUUUUUUCAUAUAUUUAAAUAAUUAUGUAUAUUUCAAUUUCAAUAUAUAUAUAUAUAUAUGUAAAGUGACAAUAAAAGAUUUUUUUUACCUCUUUUAUUGAACUUCUUUUGAUCAUUUUCUUCUUUGUGGGUUCUUUUGGUAAAAAAAAUUAUUUUACAUUGAUUUGAGAGAAUUGACCUAAUUUUAAUUUAGUUCACAACUAAUUUUCAGUUACACAUAUUUGUUUACAUGAAUUUUGAUGAGACUUAAAGUGAAUACAUUGCAGGUGGGUUUUAUGUUUGAAAUUAUAGUGAAGUAUUGAUAAAACUUUCCUUACAAAGUUUAAUUCCAUUUGAAAAUUAAUAAAUAGCUUUUCGCCUAUUCUUAGUUUCCAAAACUAACUUUUC